CACAAGCCGACGAGUUUAACGAGGAGGGACAAGGGAGAGAUGAUGAAAUUCAUACAUACAUAGAAAAUGGAGAUCGGAGGAGUAGGUAUCCGUAGAUGAUACCUACCUACCUAAACACCGCAGUUGUUUCCCAUAAGAGAGACAAGUCAAGUCAAGCCGCUACAACCAACCAUAUCAGUAUCAGUAUCAGCCCCUUUGAUGCUCCAGUUCUAUCACAUCAAACCCAUAACGUUACCAUUUAUUCAUAGUCUGAGGUGGGCUAGUUGGUUGGUACUCUUCGGCGCUUCUCUUCUUCUUGACUUUGACAACGGGCGAACCCGCGGAAUUGGACCUGAUUCUCGGCGGCCAAAAAAACAACCAAAAAAAAAAAAACAAAACAAAACAAGAGAGAUCCAUUCUUGUAGGUACGAAUACUACUUAUUCAUUAUCUACCUAGGUACUUACCUACCUUGCCAAUCCAGGUACCUGCCUCACUCUACAAGUUUAAAAUUUACUCUUCUAUCACUCCCCCAUCAACUAUACCCGACUAUACUCAAACUUGCCCUGGACCACUGAUCGACACGGGCCGUUUAUUUUUUUUCUUCUUCUGCUGUCUGUCUCUGUAUUUGACGUCCGAGACUUUUUUUUGUGGCGACGCUUCGGGUUGUCGCUCAACCAGUCUAACUAGUAUCUGGACCCUCGGUCUAUCUACUGGUUUAUCGACUGACUGGAGUGUGAUUCUAUCUAUCGUAUCAAUUUCCAAUUGAACCGGGUUUCCUUGUUAUUGUUGUCGUUGUUGUUAUACAUAUCUAAAAAAGUCAAACUCCGCGCCAACUCCGAUAUCGUGGAGAAUCAAGAACCUUUACGCCUAGCGUCCACCAACCCCCGGUUUCGCUUUAUCAGAGAGUUCGUUCUCUUGAUACUCUCCUCCUCAGAAAAAACACGUUAUCGGUAUAUACCAUACGACUGGCGCACGCAGUCUGUUCAGUCAGAGCAGCCUUGUUUCUAGGCUUCGAGGCUCAUAUCUCAUCACUUUAGACUACCCGAUUCUCAUUACCCGGUUUCGUCAUCUUGAACAGAAUCUUCCCGAAUACCGAUCAAUCACACCUUACGGCAACUGAAAGCAAGGUGCGCGCGCUCAGAAACCACCCUUCAUAGUAAAACCCAGACUUUGCCUCUCUCACGAUGGGUCUCCUAGCCCUGGGAACAGCCCUUGAUUGGCCCGAUGCCAAGAAGCGCGCUCCUCAAGUCAGAGAAUGGGGUAUCAAGCAACUUCUGGAGAUAUGGAACAAGGCCAAGGGAAAGGAGCGCGACGCUCUCCUCUGGGGCGACGAGGUCGAGUAUCUUGUGGUAGUUUACUCGGAGGACAACCAGCGAGUGCUGUUGUCCCUUCGUCAGGCAGAGAUUCUUGAGGCGUUGGCUACCGACAAGGAACUGGAACAGCAAGGUGGCUGUGUCCCAGAUCUUCAAGACGUGGACACAGUUGGCGCGAAGAAAAAAGAGAGAACGAUCCCCGUCUUUCACCCUGAGUUUGGGCGCUUUAUGUUGGAAGCGACCCCAGGUAAGCCUUGGGGCAUCGGCUUCAAGGAGCUUCUCGACGUGGAACCAGAUAUGAAGUUGCGGAGAAAGAUCGCCAAAGAGCACAUGCUUUCAACUGAAUAUCCCAUCACACUCACAACAUACCCUCAAAUCGGCGUUCCCGGACAAUUCACCGACCCCUACUUUCCGCCCUCAGGACCGCGCCUCCGCUCUCAGUUUGUUCCGGAUGAGAUCGCCAACCCCCAUAUCAGAUUCCCAACUCUAGCCGCAAACAUACGAUCUCGACGAGGCCGCAAGGUUCAGGUCAAUGUUCCUAUCUAUCACGACAAGAACACACCAAGACCCUGGAAGGAUCCUACUGUGGACUUUGACAAGCAUGACUGGCCCGAAGAUGAUGACGUACGAAACGGAGCUGCCCCUGACGACUUCAUCCAUAUGGAUGCCAUGGCUUUCGGAAUGGGUAGUUGUUGUCUCCAGAUCACUUUCCAGGCCAAGAACAUCACUGAAGGAAGAAUGCUCUAUGAUCAGCUGAGCCCGCUUGGUCCCAUCAUGUUGGCAUUGACUGCUGCCACGCCUGUGUAUAAGGGGUUCCUUGCCAACACCGACGUGCGGUGGAAUCAGAUCAGCCGCUCUGUGGACUGCAGAACCCCUGAGGAGUUGGGAGAAAAGCCACUUUCAGAAGGUGUUCGAAGGAUACCAAAGUCACGAUACGCCUCCAACUCAACAUAUAUCGCCAUAGACCCUCGGUUGAGGAACGAGUACCUCGACCCUGACCUGGUCUACGACUCUGACAUUAAGCGCCAGCUUCUCGAGGGGGGCAUGGAUGAUCGACUGGCGACUCACUUUGCUCACCUUUUCAUCCGAGACCCCAUUGUUGUCUUUGAGGAGGAUCUCCAUGAGUUGGACCUCAGCAAGACUGACCACUUUGAGAACAUCCAGUCAACUAACUGGCAGCACAUGCGUUUCAAGCCCCCGCCUGCUGACAACAGCAUCGGCUGGCGAGUCGAGUUCCGCUCCAUGGAGAUUCAGAUCACGGAUUUCGAGAACGCGGCUUUCUCUGUCUUUAUGGUCUUGGUCACACGUGCAAUCCUGUCAUUUGACCUCAAUUUCUACAUCCCUAUCAAGAAGGUCGACGAAAACAUGGAGCGUGCACACGCAGUCGAUGCUGUUCUGAAGGAGAAGUUCUACUUCCGGCGCAACCCUUUCCCUAGCCGCCCCUCGAGAGCCAACACUACAUUUGGUGACGACAGUCGACCCGGAUCAGCGCAUCCCAGUCGACCAGCAUCACCUGGGGGCCCAGUGGAGCACGAAUUUGAGGAGAUGACAGUGAAUGACAUUAUCAACGGCUCGGAGUCGGGAGAGUUUCCCGGCUUGAUCCCCAUUGUCGAGAGCUAUCUCGACAGCGUCAACGUCGAUGUAUCGACCCGAUGCCAUCUGUCUACAUAUCUCGAUCUGAUUUCACGUCGAGCUUCAGGAAAUCUUGACACCACAGCCAGAUGGAUCCGCAACUUCAUCGACGUGCAUCCCAGUUACAAGCAUGACAGCGUUGUCAACGAUGAGAUCAACCAUGAUCUUAUCGGCGCCGUGAUUGCCAUCGGCGAGCGGGAGACGGCCGGCCGCGACUUUGCGGGUCUCGGGAUCCACGGCCUAGAGCGUCUGCUGAACGGCUUCCGUGGAGGAUGCGGCGGUUCAAGCACAGCACCCAAUGGAGAGACCAACGGAGCACAGGCGGAUGCCACCAACGGGUCACUGAAGCGCAAGAGCGAGUGGAUUGAAGGCCAGGAGACUGAGUCAUGAUGGGAAGCGUCAUUGGAUUUGGGUCGGCGUUCUUGGCUGCUUUUUUUGAGCAUACGUAGUAAUAGGAUGUAUCUAGAAAGAAAAGAGCAGGGAUCAACGCUGGUUUCAGGACAUAGUUGCUGUAUUGAAGAGCUAUGCUGAGACACGGCACGGCUGUUACUGAAGACGUUGAAGCAAUCAUUUGAGGGUGCCACACUAGAAAGAUAUAUAAACAUAGGGCGGUUUUACGGUCGUCUGGGUGAUGUCUGUUCUGCGUUCCCAAGACUCGAGGCUCGCCUCACAUGAUCCCAAGCAAAGUCCAUCUUAUCCUGAACCAAGAACAAUGAAGUCUCAGCGUUGAAUAGAGUUCAAAACCAAGCAUUCAACUAUACCACUAUCCGCAAUGGCCCUGACGAUCACAUGACUCCGUGUGUUGGUCUGCAUAGCACAUUCGACAUGUCAAGUUUGGCAUCACGAACGGGAAUUAUCUCGCUUGUCUCUCUCGGAGCUUUUCUACAGUAUGAGACAGAGCUAACUACAGCACAUACCUAGAUAGAUCGGAUGGAUCAUAGAGAGGCCAUCAAAACGCCUCCUUGUAAGUCAAGCGAGCUGUCUCCGUGAGCGAGAGAGGAGAGGGCAAAAACGUUGACCUUGGCUUGAGUUGGCUUGAGUUGGGUACCUCGCACCGCAGUGGCUGUCUGGGAGGAAUUCUCAGCCGUGCCGUGCCGUGCCGGGGGGAGGUGAAGAUGCAGUAUAGCGCCUCUCGGCCGAUUCUAGAAAGAAAGACACGGCUCUAGUUGUUGGGUUGCUUUUGUUUUUGGCUUUGCCGCUGCAAGAGUCGCAUGUCUUUGAGUUGUGGUAGCUUAAGGGGGCUUUGCUUUGCUUUUCUUUUCUUUUCUUUUCUUCUCAGGGGACCCCCUUUCAGUCUGGAAUUCUCGUAAAGAUCCAUAACUAAACCAUAUUCUCUACCUUGGGCAAAGGAGGGGAAAAAAGCAAAAAAGCCACACUGGGAUAUCAUGAGAGAUAUCAGACAGACAGGCACCUUGACCGGUUGCCGCAUUUGGAGAGUCGAGACACCGGUGAGGGUUCGCUACAGCUGAGAGUGAACGGUAGAAUUGAGUUAUCAUUAUCGGCGAAUUUAUUACUAGGCCGCCAGGCUCUGUAACUUAUCAUGUCUUUGCCUUUUCCGCUGUCGCCCUGUGUCUACAGUAGUUACCCAAGUGGGGGGGUAACUAUAUUAUCUACGGUGAUCUCU